AUGUUAGCUUUCAGAAACGCCUUCAAAAAAAUAGGAUUAUUUGCUUAAUACGAACAAAGAGGCCUUAACUAAAUCCUCAAGAUGAGAAUGUCAAAUUCCGUAGAAGAAGCUAAGAGAUAAAAAGAAAAUUAAAUAGCAGAUCUUCUUAAGCAAGAAUUGAGUGCAACUUAUGUUAAAGUUGAAGAUACAUCUGUUGGUGGAAGUGCUUGUGGCUAAAUGUAUAAAAUGGUAGUAUAAUCACCUCUCUUUAAUGAAAAAUCUAGAGUUGAGUAGCACUAAAUGGUUAAUAAUGUUUUAAGUGAUAUUUUUAAAGACGUUCACGGCUAUAAUCUUAAAACAUUAGGAGUAGAAGCUAAAAAGUAAGAAGAAGCUAAAUAGUGA